CUCUCUUUCUCUUUUCUCUCUCUCUCUUCACAUAUAUAAGCAGAGACGCACCGACGAAUCUGCACUUACUCCUCCUUUGACAUAUACACUUGUACACGUACACAAUGGCGUCUUCGACGACCGCACGAUCGAACAGCUCACAGCUCCAGCGUCGACGAUCUAGUAGAGCUGCCCCUGGUGAAAAGUUUGACGACUAUAUAAUCCGCCGUAAAGCCGAGAUUGAGAACCAACAUAAAAAAGUGUCAAUAUACACAAGCCCGCUGUUGGUCGGGCAUUACUUUGUAAUGUACGUUUACUACGAAGUGCGAUCGGCCGUCAUGUACCUGUAUGGUAGAGGACGACCGACGCUUGGCAUAAUGAUAAGUUUGGCAGGCAUGAUUUAUGUCGCUUAUCAAAUCCAAGGGCCGCAUCAAAGGGUCAUCCAGCAGAUGCAGCGGAUAGGUGUGUGGUACGGCUACUGGGUUCUAUUAGGAAUCGCUUCGGCGUUCGGGCUGGGAACAGGAUUACAUACAUUUUUACUUUUCCUGGGACCUUACAUUGCUGAAGUGACACGGGCGGCUUAUGAAUGCCAGGGGGCAGAUUUAUUAACAAGAGAUGGAGCCAGUUAUCGGUUACAAUGUCAUAUGAACGGCACUACUAUCUCACCCAGCAGUAGCAGCUCAGCGAUUGUUAGCGUAGCCGCCGUAUCAUUAUGGGACAUUUACCGACGUAUUCAAUGGGAAAGUUUUGCAUGGGGUGCAGGCACAGCAUUGGGUGAGCUCCCGCCUUAUUUUGUCGCCAGAGCAGUUGCACUUUCAGGCGGCAAAAGCGAUGAAUUGGCCGACUUUGAGGCCAACCUGCACAAACCAUCGGAUCACCGGACAGUCAAGGAACAGCUGACACAUCUUGUCUAUAAUGCAAUGAAACGACUUGGAUUUUUUGGCAUUUUGUUGUUUGCGUCGAUCCCAAAUCCGCUGUUUGAUUUGGCAGGAAUAACGUGUGGGCAUUUUUUGGUACCAUUUGCCACGUUUUUUGGUGCUACGUUUAUUGGUAAAGCAUGCGUCAAGGCGUCCCUGCAGUCUUUGAUUGUGAUACUGGCCUUUUCAAAUGACGCAUUAAAUACGUUUUUGGAUACUCUGGAACGAACUGCCCCGGCUUUGCAUGAUGUUGUGGAGAGAGUGAUCCAUGAACAAGCCCACAAGAUUGGGAAAUCCACAGAUGAGUUUGGGAAUGACCAGACCAAUCUAUUUGGUAUUGCUUGGAAUGUGUUCUUAUCAUUGAUGCUAUGCUAUUUCGUCAUUUCCUCCGUCGAAUCGUUGGGACUAGCAUACAUGAAACGAGAGCACCAAGAGGAAAUGAAGCGCUUAGAGCAACGUCGUCACCGACAGCAGCAAUAGCAGCAGCGUCAUACCGAGUUUAGCUACGAUUCAUAUAUAUACACACUUCCUCUAAUUAACAUAAGUACAUACGCUUAUUUGCACAUCAACGCACGCAUUCUAUUCUUUCGUCCUCUACCUCGACUGCACCGUCACAGUACUCGCCAUUCUCCUCCUGUCUCCCUCUCUUUGUUGUAUAUCUAACGUUCUUCUUGUUAUGCACAAUUGCUGCAAGAGUUAUCGAUACCUUCCUCUAGACCUCUAGAAUUUCGUCUGAUCCUUGUAUGCAAGGGCUCUUUAAUCUUUUUUUUUUCGCUUUUUUCUACUCCCCGCAUUCGACACCGCCCCCAUCAGUGCAGCACGACGUCUCUCCUUGUUUCUCUCUGUCUCUCUCUCUUUUUUUUUUAAACCUGUAGAUUUGCUUCUGUUUCUUGCUUAUUUGGCAUGUUGGUGGUCCGACAAAUACAAUGACAUUUCAGCCAACAAGGGGUUGGUUAUACAGGA